AGCCCCCACUUCCUGUUGGGAGCGCGCGUAAUUUUGACAGUCAGGUCUGUGUGGUAUGAGUUUCUGUCUGUUUUCAACCUUGUGUUUAGCGUGUAUAUAGCGAUACAUAACUUAUUUCAUGCAAAGAAACGACAACAUGCGGACACUGGAAGAGGUGCAAGCCACCGUGGAGAUUGCCAAACUCCAAGAAGAUGAUUUACAGACAACCAUCCAUUGUUUGACUUUUGGGGAGAACGUUUUAUCAGCCGACUAUUGUUUGAUGGAGUUGGAUGACACGCUAUGCAAGCACAUUGAAGCUGGAGAAAGUCUGGUGAUCCGGGGCGAUAAAGAUGAGAAAGCCGUGCUAUGCACUGGCGACAAAACGUACGACUUGAAGAUGGCCGAUACAUCAAACCUGCUUCUGCUUGUGCCGGAUUGCAAGACUCCUGACCAGCUGUCAGGCAGCAAGGACAGCCCUCACCUGGUGCAAACACAGAUCUGGGGGUUCUGCAGCAGUUACUGGGAGUUGAGGAAGCAGCGGCCCAGGAUGAAGAAACUGAAGCAGCUUUUGAUGGAGAAUCCCUACGAAGGGCCGUCUUUAAGAGGGCAAGAGGACCCAGAAUCCCUGUACACCAUGUUGGAUCUGCUGGAGAGGAUCCAAGCCAGUGAGCAGGAGUUACUGGCCCAACUCGAGACCAUCCACGCCUGUCGGGUGGACGGCUACUGGCGCAUGUUGGACUUUGACUAUGAGAUGAAGCUUCUGGGUCACGUGACCCAACUGGUCGACUCCGAGUCGUGGUCCUUCAGCAAGGUUCCCAUGGAAACGUGUCUGGAGGAACUCGGCCCACUGGAGCCCAGGGAGAUGAUUGAGCAUUGGUUGAACUGCUUUGGAAAGCGAUACACCGAAAAUGAGAGGGUGUUUUACGCCCUGGACGAGGACAAAGUGUGCCGGGCCACCGCCCUGCUGCUGCUGCAGAACGCCGUCAAGUUCAACCUGCGGGAGUUCCAGGAGGUGUGGCAGCAGAGCGUGCCAGAGGGCAUGGGGACAAGGUUGGACCAGCUGAGGGGCUACGCCCUUGUGGACCGUGGCUCCGGCCCAGACACCAUCUGUCUGCUGAGGGUCGAGGACCUCUCGGAGGACACCGUGGAGCGCUUCAACCAACUGUUCACCCUCCGGGAGAAAUGGACUGAGGCGGACAUCACUCCGUACAUCCAGGACCUGUGUGGUGAGAAGCAGACCACUGCAGCUCUGCUCACUAAGUUCGCUCGAUCCUCCACGCAGAACGGGGUCAAGGUGUUCAACUCCCGACGGCCCGUCGCCACCUGAACACACGCCUUACUGUUUUUACCUUUUUCGUUUUGUACAAAAAAAGUUCCUAUAUUGUUAAUAAAAUAUUGCCAAACUCAUAA